CUCGCGGAUGAGACGACUGCAUUUUGCAUACCAAACGCAAAAAUCUCAACAUACGAGUCGAAUAUUGCUGGACGAGCUCCGGACAGAGGUACAGCGACGAGACCAAGAGCUGCUGGCAAUGUCGGCGAAGAUGAAGACGCUCGAGGAGCAACAUCAGGAUUAUCAGAGACACAUCGCCGUACUCAAGGAAUCUCUCUGCGCCAAGGAGGAACAUUAUAAUAUGCUGCAAGCUGAUGUCGAGGAGAUGCGACAGCGACUCGAGGAGAAGAACCGGAUGAUCGAGAAGAAAACGCAGGCGGCAAUGCAGGCGCAACAGGAGCGCAAUCGCAUGAACACCGAAUUAACAGAAAUCAAGGAUCACAUGGACAUCAAGGAUCGCAAGAUCAAUGUUCUACAGCGAAAGAUCGAGAAUCUGGAGGAUUUGCUGAAGGAGAAAGAUAAUCAAGUCGACAUGGCCAGGGCCAGGCUGACGGCAAUGCAAGCGCAUCAUUGCAGCAGCGAAGGUGCACUUAGUAGUCUCGAGGAGGCGAUUGGGGAUAAAGAGAAACAAAUGGCACAAUUACGUGAGCAAAGGGAUCGAGCAGAGCAGGAGAAACAGGAAGAGAGGGAAUUGCACGAAAGAGAAAUCGCUGAAUACAAAAUGAAAAUACAUACUUUAGAAUCCGAGGUCGAAAAAUUAGGCGCACGUUUGGAACGAGCGCAAGCGGAAAAGGACCGGUUAGAAGCGAAGCUCGAGAGCUCACAAUCCGAGCUUGGCAAGAGCAAGGCUGAAUUGGAUAAGGCCGCCUCCGAGGUCGGACGUAGCGGCGCAGACUGGGAGGCGGCAAAACAGCGAUUGGCCAGGUUGGAACUGGAGAACGAAAGGCUACGGCAUGACAUGGAACGAUCGCAGGGUUACGGUAGAAGCACACUGAACUCGUCCCAAGAGAUGGAGCGUGUUCAGGAACGGGCCGACAAAACGGCCACAGAAUUAAGGAGAGCUCAGGCCGAGCUGAGGGUCACGCAAGCGGACAAUGAGAGGGCACGUGCCGAAGCUGCAACUCUCCAAGAAAAGGUGGAGAAAAGUCAAGGCGAAGUGUACAGACUCAAAGCGAGACUCGAGAAUGCUCAAGGCGAACAGGAAAGCUUGCGAGAGGAGUACGAUCGAGCACAGGCAUCUGUGGCCCGUCUUCACUCUGAGAGGGAUAAGGCGAUCGGUGAACUCGAAAAAUCGCAAGAAGAACUUGAGCGCACACAGGCCACCCUCGGUAAGGCGCAACUUCAGCAGGACAAGUUGCAGAAUUUAUUGGACAAGACACAAAGUGAAGUCGACAAGCUGCAGGAAAAGCUCGAUAAGACGCAGACGGAAGUUCGUAGAAUGCAAAUGGAAAGAGAAAAACAGAACUACGAUUUCGAGAAUCUGCAAAGCCAGCUUGACAAAGCAUUGGGACAAUCAACGAGAAUGCAAAAAGAGCGGGAGGCGAUUCAACUUGAUGUGGAUCGAUUACAGGACAAGUACGAAAAAGCUCAGAUUAUAAUGCAACGACUACAGAAAGAACGAGAUAGCUUCCAGGAAGAGAUGGAGAAGAUGCACGAGAGGAUAGAAUUCCAGCAGAAUCAGAUAGCCAAGAUGCAACGCGAGAAGGAGAAUGUACUCUCAGAACUCGACUUGGUAAAGGAGAGAUGGGAGAAAGCGCACAAUACUCAUCAGAAAUUAACGUUGGAACGAGAUGAUGCGCUGACUGAAAUCCAAAUCUUAAAGGAGAAACUGGAGAAGGCACAGUAUUCUAUGAACAAAGCUCAUGAAGAGCGAGAAAACACUACCAAAGAAUUUGAAAAAAUGUUGGAAAAAUAUGAUAGAUCGCAGAGCGAAGUGUAUCGCCUUCAGAACCGUAUUGAUGUUAUGGAGGCGGAUAAGGAUCGACUCGAGCUGGAGACGGAGAAGCAGCAGAUGUUGGCAACCAAGUCACGUGAGGAAUCGCGUAAGGCUCAGGAGGAACUAGCUCGAGUACAGGAAAUGUACGAUCGCGCGGCACUGCAACUCGGUCGUACGAAAGAGCAUGAGGAGAAGUCAAAGGAGAACAUCGAUCGGUUGAGUGUAGAUCUCGAAAUGGUGCGCGAACGCUACGAGAAGUCACAGAUCGAGCUGCGACGAUUGCAAAACGAGCGUGAGAAGUUGGUGGCCGACAACGAACGCAUCAGCUUUGAGCUGGAGCGCGCGCACUCUCAGCUUAACAAGGCGCAGGCAGCGACGGAGAAGACGCAGGAGGAGCUUGCGCGUAUGCAACUUGAGAUCGAGAAGAUGUACGAGAAGCACGAUCGUCAGCAGGCAGAGGUGAGAAAGGCGCAGGGUGAGGCGGAACGACUGCGUUCCGAGGCGGAGAACGCGCGCGAGGAGGUCGAGAGGUAUGCAACACGCUUCGGCAAGUACCAGGAGAACCAGGAGCGACAGAAGGAAGAGCACGAGUGGGCGAAGCUGGAGGUGGAGCGGCUACGCGACCGUUUGGAGAAGGCGCUGGCGGAACUCGAACGCGCACGGAAGGCUGAGCAGGACGCCUCGAGGCUGCGCGCCGAUCUGGAGCGUGCGGAAGGCGUGCGAGGUAAAUACCAGUACGAGCAAGAAAAGUGGCAAAACGAAGGUAGUAGGCUACAACAGGAGGUGGAUAAACUACGCGAGCGAUUGGAAGGCCGUGAGGCCGAGCUGAAGAGGACGCAGUCGAACCACGCCGAGCUCGAGGCGAAGCUGCAUGAGGCGCAGCUUCAGCUCGAGCGGGCGCGCGAUGAGACCGGCAAGGCUACGGCACAGCAGGAACGCAAUCGUUCGGAGAUCGAGCGUGCGCGAAUCGAAGCCGAGAAGAUACGCGAUCGACAUGACAAGGUGAAGAUACGAGCUGAUGCGCUCGAGGCAGACAAUGAGAAAUUACGUGUCGAGAUUGUGCGGCUGGAGCGGCUGAUGCAGACCGAGGGUAAGACGAGAUCCGAAAGCGCAAGUAUUGAAGUAGAACGUCUACGAGCCAGUCUGGACAAGGCGAUCGUGUCGCGUGAUCAGGUUGAACUUGAGGCUGGCAGACUCGCAAAAGAGCUCGAAAAAGCACAUCUGCAAACUGCUAAAUAUCAGGAAACUACCGAGGCUAGUAAGAAGGAACUUGAACGUCUCGCCGCAGAUGUGCAAUUGCUGCGAGACGAACGCGAUGCGCUACGCCAGGAAUUGCGCCGCGUGCAACAACAACAACAGCAGCAACAGCAACAGCAGCAACUCGCUGGUAACGAAGAACUUGCCCGGAUGCAGUACGAGCUGCAGCUGGCGCAACGUGAACGCGACAAGAUGGCAGCAAUCUUGGAGAACCGAGAGAAACACUCGGAAAAGAUGAAGGAGAAGUGGGAAGCAGACGCAAAGCAGUUGCAGGUAGAGCGCGAUCAACUGGUUAUACAACUGGAGAAGUCGCAGGAAAUGCUGGUCAAUUUCCAGCAGGAGCUUAGCGCGAACGAGGCUGAGCUCGAGCGUCAGCGCGAAGAGGCCCGCCGUCUCCAACAGCGAGCCCACGCGCAGACACCCGAUCGCGCUGCCAAGGAGGCACUUGAUGCGCAAAUGCGCGAAGUACAACGGCUGCAGCAGCAGGUACAGAGUGUGCAGCAGGCGCAGCAAAAAGAGCGACAACGCGCCGAACAGGCAGAGAAGCGAGUGCAGGAGCUGCAGAAGCAGCUGGCGUCGCGCGGCACCGAGACGGUUCAGGCUGACGCGGCUCAGCUUGAGCAGUGGCGGAAGUUAUGCGAGACGGAGCGACAGCGGGCAGACACUGCUGAGCGUGAGGCCGGUGACUUGCAGAAGCGGAUACAAACGACGGAACGACAGUUGCAUGCACAUCAACAGCAGAUUCAACAAAUGCAGGUCACCAUGCAACAACAACAACAACAGCUGCAGCAGCAACAGCAACAACAGCCCGCACAACAGAACGGUCAAGAGGUCGUCAGGCUGAGAAAGGAGCUGGAUCGGGCGUGCGAGGAGAUUCAACAGGCGACAGUGGAGCGCGAGCGGUUCCAGGCACAGCUCGAGAUGCUGUGCCAGGAACUGGAAAAGAAUCAGGUGGAUUUGCACGAAGCGAACAAGAAACUCCAAGCUGGCGCCGCGAAAGCUGGUGCCGAUACUAUUCAAGAGAGGAAACAGAUGGAAGAUCAAAGACGACAAUUGGACGAACAGAGAAGACAGAUGGAAGAACGAGCGAAGACCGUAGAUCAGAAAGCUAGGACAAUAGAGGAAAAGGAGAGGAUGCUCCAAAAUCUCGACCAAGAUCUCAAAAAGAGAAAGGCGAGAAUGGAUCAACUGGAGCAACAAUUACAAAAGAGUGGCGGAGCGCCGGACAAGAGAUUAGCAGAAAUGCAAAAGGCUCUCGAAAUUACCGAGAGGGAUUUGGAAAAAGCAAAAGAAGAAUCAGGCAGGAGUGCCGCCGAGACCGAGAGGCUAUUGCAGCUCGUGCAGAUGACACAGGAGGAACAAAACUCAAAGGAGAAACAGAUCAGAGAUCUUCAAGAAGCACUCAAAAUCGCACAAGCCAAGUUGAAACAAGCUACAACUGCACAGCAAGAGUCUCAGGAUAACAAGGACGAGUCUUCUUGGCGAAAAGCACUAGAGGCGAAGAACCAUGCCAUAUUGCUGGAAAGAACGUUGGAGAAUCUCCAGAUAGAACACAACAAAUGUAAGGACCCGUUGGGUGACGCGAAACACAUUGAAUCUUGGAAGGAGGAGACGGAGACGAUGAAUCAACACAUCAUCCAGCUGGAGCAGCAAUUGAAAUGCUGUGAGGGCCUAAAGGACAUUAAUGGGCAUGACAGAAUAUCAAACAAGAAUAUUGAAACGCAACUGAAAGCGUGCGAAAAUUAUAGUCUAAACGCAAAGGAUCGGCGUAUCCUUGCACUGGAGCAGCAAGUGGCAGCCUUAAAAAAUUCCUUGAAAAAUUACAGCACAACAAAAUUCUCAGAAAAGGAUAACAGCGAUGAAAAAACGAAUAUGAAAGUGAAGGAGUCUUGGAAACAAGAGAUCGAGGCAAAGAAUCAAUACAUUAUUGAGCUGAAGCAGAAAAUAGUGUUGCUAGAAAAUCUACGGAAAAACGUGGAUGCGCAGAAAAUGCGCGAUCUUGAAAAAAGAAUCAAUAGGAAAUCCAAACGGAUCGUGGAACUAGAGAAUGCUGUACGAGAACUCGAGGACUUCCUCAAGGAGGAUAUGAAAGAGAUGCGUGAUCUGCGGUAUCAGAUAUCGCUCGAUAAAGAAUGUAUUAUGAAAAUGGAAAAGUGGAUCCAGAAGAACAAUCUCACAAAUGCAGGAAUUGAUAAAGCGAGAAUUAUAGAACUGGAGGAAAUGGUUACGAAUUUGGAGGAUUAUGUCAAAGAGCAUAAUAUCGACGGCCUUAAACGAAAGUUGCAGUAUCGAGAAUGCAGAAUUGUUCAGCUAGAGAAUCAAAUUUUUGAGUUAAGAAAACUGUCAAAAUGUGAAGAAAAUAUAUCAGUCAGAGACCUGUCGAAGGUGAACUUUCUAUCUAAUAAUGAAAUAGCUUGUGAACUAGAAGAAAAAAAACAAAAGACAAAGGAAAUAAUGCACGCCGUGGAAGAAGUUAAUAAAAUUCAAAAAUACGAACAGGAGGAGAGCCUGAAAAUAAGGUUGCAAGAAAAAGAGCAAAAGAUGAAGGAAAUGGGACAUGAUAUUUCGGAAAAAGAUAACAGAAUUCAAAGAUAUGAACAGCAAAUCGUCGAGCAGCAAAAUAAAAUUUUGAAAAUGGAAAAAGAGAUGAUCAAAAUUGAAGAAGGAUUUUAUGAAACGGAAAUCAUUAGUGCGCUGAAAAAAGAAAUUAGACUAAAAAAUGAGAGGGUGCAGGAGCUAGAAAUGGAAGUCAAUUCUUUAGAGACAUCGCUUGGUGAGAGAAUUGAUGUCGCGAUUGAAGAACUCAUCGCCACUCUAAAGGAAAAGGAGGAAAUAGAGCUUCAACUGAAAAAGAACCUCGCGGAUAAAGAGAAUAAAUUGGAAGAAUUGGAUGCGGCUCUUCGCCAGAGCAUUGGAAUUACGAAUGAGAUUGAGGCGAAGUUAAAGAAUGAAAAGAAGCUUAGAAAAGAAUCCGACCGAAGAAUUGCCGAGAUAGAGGAAAAAAUCACAGUCAUGCAAGCUGUUUCAGCCACGAAAUGCAUCACGUGCAAGCCACUUCUUUACAAGAUAUUUAAGACCGAAGGGAAACUCGGCCAGUCGACUCAGGAGAAGACUGUUCAACUUCAAGAGUUGCAUCAAAUUAAGCGUGAUGUUUUAAAAGCUGCCCUUUCCGAAAAGGAUGCUCAUUUAGCUUUGUUGGAACAUUCAGGCAUCCAAACUCCGACACAAGCGGAUCAAGCGGCGAAAUUAAAAGUUGAUAAGAAAAUAUUACUCGAUAGAUUGAGAGAAGAGGAUGAGAAGAGUAUCAAGUUAGACUUGCGAGAAACAACACCACACUUAUUUCAAAAAAUAUUCAAGAUAUCUGAUGACAGUGAGGACAGUAGCGAUAAUAAUAAUAAUAAUAAUAAUAAUAACUCUUUUGAUGAUCGCUUUAGUAGGAUCAAUUCACCGAAAUCAAUUGCUGUAAAUGAUGACAGCUCGCCGACAUUGGCUACUACAAGUUGCAAAUAUUCAUGUUUUACAGAACAAGGACGUCGCUGAUGUCCCAUAUGAAAGCUGAAGAUCACUCAUAGAUUCAUCAUCAGGAUACCAGAUAAGUACUCGAGUACCAUUUAUGGUAUUUCGGAGUAUCGAUUUCUUCGUUACCUCAAUGUUGUCAUACGCACACACACUCGCGAACGUAGAGGCAGUGCAUAGAACAUCUAGUAGCAAAAAAGAAAACGAAACAAACAACAGCAAAAAAACUCUAUAAUACACUACUAAUAUCAACUGCAGCAACAGCCAACACCUCUGCCUGUGCCGCUCAUCACGCAUCAUGCAUCUAUCUUCAUCACCAUCAUCAUCUUCGAUAUUUAUUCGACAUCUCUCACCAUUAACGAUUAACAUUUUAUCAUCCAUGUAAUAUAUAGUGAUUGGAAAAAUUCCAAAAUCAAGAAAUCAGAGGCUUCUGUAGCCCGCUGAUAAUCCAAAUAGAUAGUAUACAUUCACUUUACCAUGGAUGAAAUAUAACAACAAUGAAUGACAUACGAUGGUUUCGGAUAAUUUAUCCUGACAAUACAGGCAUCUUUUUCUCCUUUUAAUAUUAGCGACAUUUGAAUUAUAGAUAUGAUAAUUUGUUAUUAUUGCAAUGAUGUAUCGAAAUAUGAAUUGUUGUUUAUUAUAUAUAGUUUCUUACAGC